CGGGAGCCCGCGGGUCUGCUGGGUGUGCCUGGCGAGCUCAGUCCGAGGCCGAGGGCUCGGGGCUGUCCCUGGUGGAUGUGGGUCCGGAGUGUGUUCGCCGAGUGCGGUCUCGCGGCUCGGGAAGCAGGACUGCCUCUGAAUCGAAGUCCAGAAAGAAGAAACAAUCUGUUGGUUUAAGCUGAACAUUUGUCUCUAAGAUUAAGAGCAAAGCUAUGCCAGUGCUUUCGGAAGACUCAGGAUUGCAUGAAACUUUGGCCCUUUUGACAUCUCAACUAAGACCCGAUUCAAAUCAUAAAGAGGAAAUGGGAUUCCUUAGGGAUGUCUUCAGUGAAAGGAGUCUCAGCUACCUGAUGAAGAUUCAUGAAAAACUCCGUCAUUAUGAAAGACAGAGUCCAACUCCUGUUUUACAUAGUGCAGCAGGAUUAGUUGAAGAUGUAAUAGAAGAGUUGCAGACAGCACCAGUGAAUAAUGAAGAAAAAGAGCUACUUCAGCUGUUGUCAACACCACAUCUCAGGGCAAUGCUUGUAGUACAUGACACUGUAGCACAGAAGAACUUUGACCCAGCCCUUCCACCUCUACCUGAUAAUUUUGAUGAUGAUUUUGAUGAGGAAUCAGUGAAAAUUGUUCGGCUAGUGAAAAAUAAAGAACCCUUGGGAGCUACCAUCAGAAGAGAUGAACAUACAGGAGCUGUGAUUGUAGCAAGGAUCAUGAGAGGUGGUGCAGCUGAUCGCAGUGGUCUUGUCCAUGUUGGAGAUGAACUAAGAGAAGUCAAUGGUAUUACUGUGCUUCACAAACGACCAGAAGAAAUAAGUCAGAUUUUGGCUCAGUCUCGAGGGUCAAUAACAUUAAAAAUAAUUCCAGCCAUCAAAGAAGAAGAUCGUCUGAAGGACAGCAAGGUGUUUAUGAGGGCACUUUUCUGCUAUAAUCCCAAAGAAGACAGAGCCAUUCCUUGCCAGGAAGCUGGGCUGCCAUUUAAAAGACGACACGUCCUAGAAGUUGUAAGCCAAGAUGAUCCCACGUGGUGGCAAGCCAAGCGUGUCGGGGAUACCAACCUCAGGGCAGGCUUGAUCCCAUCUAAACAGUUCCAAGAAAGACGACUGAUCUACAGAAGAAGCACAGGCACUCUGCAGAAUUCCAGAACUCCAAAGAAACCAUUAUAUGAUCAGUCUUCUGACAAAGAAGACUGUGACUGUGAAGGGUAUUUCAAUGGACACUACAUAGCUGGUUUACGCAGGAGCUUUAGAUUGAGUCGUAAAGAGAAGGAGAACAACGUGAAUGAAGGCAAGCAAGCAGAGCAGGCAGAUGGAGCUGAGUUCCUAACAUAUGAAGAAGUCACAAAGUAUCAGCAACAGCCUGGUGAACAGCAAAGGCUGGUGGUUUUGAUUGGUUGCUUGGGGGCCAAGUUAAGUGAGCUCAAGCAAAAAGUUGUGUCAGAGAACCCACAGGAGUAUGGUGUUGCAGUUCCACAUACAACAAGGUCAAGGAAAAGUCAUGAGAGAGAGGGAGUAGAAUACAAUUUUGUUUCUAAGCAAUCAUUUGAGACAGAUGUGCAGCAAAACAAAUUUGUGGAACAUGGAGAAUACAAGGAAAAUUUGUACGGUACAAGUCUGGAGGCAAUCCGAUCUGUGAUGGCCAAAAAGAAGGUUUGUUUGGUGGAUGUGGUACCUGAAGCAGUAAAGCACUUGAGGACUCCUGAGUUUAAGCCUUACGUUAUCUUCGUGAAGCCCCUCAUUUCAGAAAAGAAAAAACAUGUCUUAAAAUCUCCCAUGUCAGAAGAAAUCUCAGCCCCCCUUCAGGAUGAAGAGCAGCAGGAAAUUAUUAAUUCAGCAGCAUUCAUUGAAGAGCAGUAUGGCCAUUUAAUUGACACUGUACUGGUGAAAGAAGAUCUCCAGAGUGCAUGUAAUGAGCUGAAAAGUGUGUUAGAGAAACUAAACAAGGAUUCAUUUUGGGUGCCAGUCAGCUGGGUUAGGUCAUAGCUUGUUACCAUGUUUAAGGGAAAGAUUGUAUAAAAAUGUUUUGUAAAUACUUGAAAUAGAAAAGGGGAAUACGUUGAAUUUGCUUCAAAGCUGCUGGUCUUAUCUAGAAGGCAGUACAUAAAGACUGUAUGAGGAAAAACAACAAAGUCACAAGCUGACACUGCCUUUCUGAGUCAAAAUUUUGAAUAGCAGCUGUCCUUAAAGAAGUCGAUACUCAGACUAAAGAAGCCAGUCCAAUCUUUAGACUGUAAAUAGUGCAUUUUGUUACAAUGGAGUUUUGCAGAGGGUCCCACACUUCCAAAGCAUUUUCGUGCUGAGACACUGUGGCUAGAAAAAAAACCUCAGAAUAAAGUACCCUUUGGGAACAAGCUUUGGAAGAGUGUUCUUUGGAGAGUGGUUACACCGUGUCAGUUACUCUGAAGUUCAACUGGCCAGGAAAACAUGCUUCCCUUCACACAGAAGCAUUGAUUGGAAAUCCUUUCCAGUUAAGCACUAAAAACUAGGCCAGCUGUAGAAGGGGGUUUUGUAUGUCCAUCACACUUCCCAGUACUCCAAGUUGUCUUGCACCAGUGUUAGGCUGCUCAUCUGUAGCUUAUGCCCACUUUCCCCUUAUCUUUCCACUGACACAGGACAAAUGCUAAACAACUUGUGAGUGUACCUGUAUGGCUGGCCAGCUCAUAAAACAUAGAUUUUUAUAGUGUACAUGAAAACAACUGCAUAUGGUUCUAAAAUAGGACAUUUAAGAAGCUAAGUUUCUGCAAAACAUCUUUGCCUGUGCUACCUGAUGGGACACAGCCUUAACACCAGUGGAACAGCUCUAAAAAGGGCGCUAAAAGGAGGAGCCUGAAGUAAUAAAUUGCUGUGCUACAGCUCAAAAUCAUCAUCCUUCCAGCAUUUAUGACUUUUGUUCCAAAUCUGGUAAAGGGUUCCAGAGUAUCUGAUUGGCCUGAAGAAGAAAUCUUAACUGGUAAAGGAUCUUGUAUAUAGUUGAGGAGACUUGAAUAUACAGUAUUUUUAAGUGGGUCUUAAUAAGAAGAUGCAGAGCUGAUUCUGGAAGUAGCUGUGCUUUAUAAUUGGGGGGUGUGAGGGGAGAGCAUUGUACAGGUGCAUGUUAGCUGUAACUAGUUCCUAUUCUCACUUGCCUGCUGAGGUCUAAUACUUCCUGUGUAUUGUGCCCUUUAAACAAGACCUCUUGGUGUACCAGUCUUGUUCCUUAUAUCUUAACAGUAUGAUGUUAUUCUUGUUCCAUGACAUUAAGCAGAACUAAAAGUUGCAUAUUAAAAGCACAUUUCUUACA